AAAAUAUUAAUAAUAAUUUAACAGAAAGAUCAAACAAACCACAAAUGAGUAUUAUUUGAUUCACCAGCAUUUAUAAACAUGUAAUAUCAUUGAGUUUAAAAGAGUGAGAUAGAUAAAUAAAGAGAGAAAAAAGUGUAAUAAAAAAUGAAAAAAAAAUAAUGCAGUAAGUAUGUGCUUAGAUUGAAGUCGAUGAGGAUCCCAACCGUCGUUCAGUUGGUCUCGGCGUUUCGACUUGUAUGCACUGUUUUAAAAUUUAAAUAUCAUUCAAAUUUAAUCUUUGUAUAUUUACUAAAAUUUUAUUAACUAUAAUUUGUUUAUUAAAAAAUAAAAAAUCAUUCAUGAAAUUUUAAAUACAGUUAAAUUAAAAAUUUCUACAAUCGAAAAAACAAAAAAUAAAUUUCGAUAAAUCGUUAAAAUAAAUUUUCUAUUAUUUUUUUUUUUCAUUUUUAAAAUAAAUUAUGUCAUUAUGCAAAAAUAGAAUAUUUGUGUUAUUGUUAUUUAGUUUUUUGAUAUUUUUAAAAAUAUCAAAUAAAAGUGCGAAAUGAAAAAGUAAUAUAUUUUUCGCGAAAUAUUUUUAAAAAAUUGACAAAUAUUAUUUAUUUUGUCUGGAGUUAUAUGAUAAUGAAUGAUUUCAAUGAAAAACACUUGUCUGAAAUACCAAUCAAGGAUGUCAACAUGAGGGGAAAACCCAGCGAGUCCGAUGUGGAACGUGGACUCGUAAAGCCCUACUCAGUAUCAUCCGUAUACACAAGAAAAAAAUCCGGCUACACGCGAGUGGAAAUUAAUACAGCAGGUUCAUCAGUUGGUGGUGGAAGAUCAACACGUGGUACAAUAUUAAGAACAUUUGCAUUUGUAUUUUUGGCAACAUUUUUAUGGCUACAAAUACAUGUUAGUAAUUUAACAACUAGAAAUCAACCAUCUCAAUCAGCAAAUGAGACAUUAUUUUCUCUAGUACCACCAGAACUUCACAGAUUUUUUAAAGAACGUCAUAAUGUCACAAUACAACAAAGUUUAAAUGGAACAAAUUUGACAAAUCCAGAAGUUGAAAUAUUUGAUAUUAAAAAAAUAAUAAAACGUAUUAAUGAUGAUCAAAAUAUAUCAAAUGAUGAUGCAUUUGGUCCACUUGAAACAGAUUCAACUGUUAUACUUAUACAAGUACAUACAAGAAUUUUAUAUUUACGACAUCUUAUUGUAUCAUUAGCACAAGCUAAAGGCAUUGAAAAAAUAUUAUUAAUAUUUAGUCAUGAUUAUUGGCAUCCAGAAAUUAAUGAACUUAUUCAAAAAAUUGAAUUUUGUCGUGUUAUGCAAAUUUUUUAUCCAAAUAGUAUACAAACACAUCCAAAUAUAUUUCCUGGUGUUGAUCCAAAUGAUUGUCCAAGAAAUAUUGAUAAAAAACAAGCUUUAGCUAUGAAUUGUACAAAUGCUAGACAUCCAGAUCUUUAUGGUCAUUAUCGUGAGGCAAAAUUUACACAAACAAAACAUCACUGGUGGUGGAAAGCAAAUUAUGUAUUUGAUCAAUUACAUAUUAUGAAAAAUCAUACUGGUCUUGUGUUAUUUCUCGAAGAGGAUCACUAUGUUGCUGAAGAUUUUCUUCAUGUUUUAAGACUAAUGGAGGAUAAAAGUUACAGUGAAUGUAGAAGCUGUAAUAUUCUUUCACUCGGAACAUAUGUCAAGACUUAUAAUUACUACACAGAUUACACACGAAAGAAAGAAUUCAUACGUGGAAUAGACAGACAUGAGUUAACAGCCAAGCAGUAUCAUCAGACGUAUCUACGUCAACAGCAAAAAUCACAAUUAAAAUCAUCAUCAGAUAAUCAGCAUGUUCAACAACAACAACCUCAACAUCACCAUCAACAACAGCAAAAAAAAAACCAGCAGUUAUCAUCAUGGUCGAUUACAUCAAAUGGUCUCAUCUCAACUUAUCACAACACCAAAGUAAAUAAAACAUCAGCCAUCUGGUCUUAUCAACUUUUACCAAGUCUCUACAGUCAUUAUCAGAAGGCUGAAGUUAUACCCUGGAUAAGUAGUAAGCAUAAUAUGGGAAUGGCAUUUAAUCGUACAACAUGGAAUAAAUUACGUAAUUGUGGAGUAAAAUUUUGUUCAUAUGAUGAUUAUAAUUGGGAUUGGAGUCUUCAGCAUAUUGCACAGAGUUGUCUUCCAAUGAGUAAAGGUCCUGGUAAAACACCACGUGUUGAAUCUGGUCUUGUUGCUAUGAUGAUGAAAGCACCAAGAGUAUUUCAUAUUGGUGAAUGUGGGGUUCAUCAUAAAAAAAAUAAUUGUGAUUCAACGGCUGUGAUUGCUAAAGUACAGAAUGUUUUGAGAUCAGCUAAAUCACAUAUGUUUCCAACAAUAUUAAAUUUAACAGUUGCUAAUGUUAAAAAUCCAAAAUUAAGAAAAGGCAAUGGUGGAUGGGGUGAUAAACGUGAUCAUGAACUUUGCAAAAGUAUGAUGUAUUAUUAUCAGAAUAGUAAAUAAUAUCAUAUUUAAUAUUACGAUUUGAGUAGCUUGAAAUUAUUCGCUGGGCGGAUUAUUUUGGAUUAUUAUUAUUUAUUCAAAAAUAUUAUCCAUUGAUACGUAUCAAUAUUAACGACAUUUCAUAUUUAAAAUAUUCUAAAGACAUUUGUAGUGAUAAUUCAAUUGUGAAUAAUAUUCAUGGUCAAUAUGAUGACUUAUCUUAAAAAGAAAAAAAUUGUAAACAAAGCACAUGCUCAAGAGACAAGUUGUUAAUUUACAUUUUAUUUUACAACACUGCGAUGAUUUUUUUAAUUAAUUGAUUUGUGUAUUUUGUAUGAUAAUAUUGAAUAUUCUAGUCAAUUAUUAUUUAUGAAUUUUAAAAACUAUUGUAUAAAAAAAAUUUAUAUCAUUUGUGCAACUAAAAAAGAUAAUAAUUAUUAAGCUUAAUAAAAAUUGUGAUUAUUUAUUAUUUUUAAAAAUAAUAAUUGAAUAUAGUUUGAACUAAAAAAAAAUCAUUUUUUGUUGUUUAUGCCACUUAUGACUUAAUAAUUUUGUUAAUAAUACACACAAUUAUUUAAAAAAAAAAAACUAUAAAGAUUGCAUUUAUGUAUUUCACUUGAUAAAAAAUAUUUAUGUUUAUUAUUUUUGAACAUGUUUAUUUAAUUGUAUGAAUAGACAUACGCAGUGAUAAUGAUAUUAUAAUUUCUAUUUAGAAAGUGCUGACAAUGGUGAAUAAUACUAGAAAAUGAUUAUAAUUUUGUUUUAGUGUAAAUUUGUCUGUAUCAUACAAAAAAAAAAUGGAUAUCGUCAAACGAUAAUUGAAAAAAAUAAUAAUAAUAAUAAAAUCAUCAUUUUAUAUCGAAAUGCUUAAUUGUUUAGUUAUAUUAUUUAAAAUUUUUUAACUGUAAAUACCAAUUUGACGACGAAUUGCAUCUACUUGUGUAUCAUACUGUGCCAGAAAAUAAUUACCA